AUGGGUAGCCUCCAGCUGACUCUGGAAGACGUCGCGUACUGCACUCUCGUAACGAAUGAUGAGUAUGUCGUAGCUGCGGCCGUGCUGGCCGAGUCCCUCAAAUCGACCGGCACAACGAUCCCGCGGUGCGUCAUGAUGACCCCCGAGACCAUGUCGGAUGAAGCCGUAAGCAAGCUCGGCGCCGUCUUCGACCUCGUCAUCCCCGUCUCCGCAGUUGCGGGCCUGUCGACCUCGAACCUCGACAUCAUCGGCCGCCCGGACCUGCACGCGACCAUGACCAAGAUUCAGCUCUGGUCGCUCACGAGGUUCCGCCGGGUGCUCUACCUCGACUCCGACACCCUCGUUAUGUCGAACCUCGACCACCUCUUCGACCUGCCCGAGGCCAUUGGCUUCGCCGCCGCCCCCGAGAUCGGGUUCCCAGACUGCUUCAACAGCGGCGUUAUGCUCCUGCAGCCCAACGCGGCGACGCAUGCCGAGCUGAUGCGGUUCGCGGCGUGCGUCGACUCUUUCGACGGGGGCGACCAGGGCCUGCUCAACGUUUUCUUCGGCGACGGCACGCGGAGCCACCCGUCGAGGCUGCUCCUGCAGAACAAGAAGCCCGGGAGUAGGGAUCCCGGUGACGGCGACAACCACGGCGGAACUGGGCGCAACUGGUUCCGGCUUAGCUUCACAUAUAACAUGGAGAUGCACCGGGUGUACCGGUUUUACAUCCCCGCGGCGCUGCGGUACCGCGACGAGCACAAGAUCCUGCACUUCAUCGGCAAGGACAAGCCGUGGCACUAUGAGGGUGGCAGGGUGGACGUGCCGGACGACGCGGGGGCCUACCACCAGUUCUACGUGGAUAUGGUGGGGAAGUGGUGGGAUACCAGGAGGUCGAUAGCGGCGGCCCUGUGA